ACAAAAUUAAUGACAAAAAGGAAAAAAAAUACAAGAAACAGGCAAGAUCCAUCUCUUCAUUCAAUCCAGUAGGGGUUAUUUAUUUUCCCUUUAUUUUUAUUUUUUUCAGCUGGUAAUUUGUAAUUCUAUCUAUAGUUGAUUGUUGUUGCUGUUUUGUUUCAUGAGCACAAUUUUGUACAUGUUUUUAAUUUAGUGCAAUUUUAUCAACAAGCAAAAUCUCCAGUCUUCCACAUGAAUCUUUAAAAAGAUUGUGUUUAAUUGUGAGCGAGAGGUGGGGGGAGCUGAUUACACUGACUCAGGGUGUGUUUUAGGUACUGCCUGUCCUCUUUUGGAGCUCUAUUUAAGCAGCAGCCUGACCAAACACAUCUCACUUUGCCAGCUUCGACCAGACCAGCUGCUCUUGAGAAGAAGUUCAGACUGCAGUCAUCCAUAUCAAUUUCAUCCAAAGAUGUCCUACCCAACAACUCUAGAGCUAAUUGGUGGACAAGGAGGUAGACGAUUUUCAUUUACUGGUGAGAACAACGGUGCCAGUUUAGAGAAGAUCUGGGUUUGGGUUGGAGGAUGGCAGGUGAAGGCUGUCAGGGUUUGGCUUUCAGAUGGGAGAGAUCAAACUUUUGGAGAACCAGCUGGAGAUCAUCAAGAGUUCAAGUUCCAGCCUGGUGAGUGUUUCGCCUCACUGUCCUUGUGGGGAAACGGAGCAGGAACACGUCUUGGAGCUAUCAAAUUCACAACCAGUCUUGGGAGAGAAUUCUUUGCGAAGAUGACAAGCUGGGGUUUAAAAACAGAAUAUCCCAUGGAUGUCAGCUCUGGAUUUUGUUUGGGAGUUGUAGGAAGCGGUGGUGCCGACAUCGACUGCAUGGGAUUCAUGUUUCUCAAUGCAGUUCAAUCAACAGUUCUUACCAAUGUCAACUAUCCCACUAUCAACCAACUGAUACCAAAGGUGGCAGUAGAAGAAAUCAAAUCCAUCACUUACAGGAACAACUCCUCUGUCGCUCAAAAACAAAAAGUUGAAACCUCAAAGAAAAUAACUAACACAUCUUCAUGGUCUGUGAGUGCAAGUUUGACAGCAACAUUUAGUAUGGAAGUGAAGGCUGGGAUUCCAGAGAUUGCAGAAGUUACAGCAGGAUACAGUGUUAGUGUUGGACUUGAAAGCACUUACAGUCAGGAGUACACAGAUGAGAGAACCGAAACUCUGUCUACUGAUGUUGAUGUGCCACCAGGGAAGAAGGUGGAUGUUAACAUCACCAUUGGAAGAGCAACUUUUGACAUGCCUUACACUGGCACAGUGAAGAUCACCUGCAAGAAUGGCAGUGUGUUACAGUACAAUACCAAGGGCACAUACAAAGGCGUCACUUACACUGAUAUCAAAGUGGAGACUAAGGAAUCUCCUCUGUAAUGUUAAGACAGAUUGCACAUGUAACACAAUUUCUUUGAUUACUUCAAAUUUUGUCAAUCAGGUAUCGGUUGUUUUACAUUUAGGCCAAAUUUUUGGGGUUUUUGGGGAUUUUUUUUGGGGGGGAGGGUAGGUGUUCAGGGGAAAUAUAUAUAUGCGUGUGUGCACAACAUUUACUGUUUUCAAAUAUAUAUGAUAAUAUAACAAUACAUAAAUAUUCAUUUAGAUUCAUACUUUGUGUAAUCACUUUAAAAUAACCUUUUAGGUUAACGGGUUCUGUAACUUUUUUUUUUUUUUUUUUUUAAAGACUUAAGAUUUAAUUAAAACUGUUACAAGCAAUGAUUCCUUGAAUUCUUUCCUUGCUGUGCAAAACUUUUCUCUAUUGAGUGGACUUUUUGGCCACAUGAGCAAAAAUAUUCCUAUGUGUAUGUACAGGUAACAGACCUGUACAUACACACAAAAAGAGGUACAUAAUUUAGUUGUAACUUUAAUGUGCUAUUUCUAUUUGAUUUGACAGUUUAGUAAUAUAAAACCACAUUUCUGAAAAAUAAGCAGUUCAGGUUGUCCAAUUGUUUACAGUCCUGUUAACUUAAAUUUUGAGUUAAGUUUUUAGCAAUUGGGAGAGAUAUAGAAAUAACGAGAUAUAAACUCAAAAUUAUUAGCAAGAAAAAAAAAUCAGAAUUACAAGAUGUAAACUCACUAUUAUCUUUUAAGUUUUUAAAAAACAAGCUUCCAUAAAUAUUUGAGGACUUGUACAGAAUGUAGAGCGUGUAACAAGACCGGCAAUCGUUAAAUUCACCCUGGCGCAAGCAGAGAAUCAGAACCAAAUAUGUAUUGUGCAUAAGAUUUAUUAACUAAAUCACGAACACAUCUUAUCUAAAAAAAAACCACACACAAUCACACUGUCACGUUUCCACCCUCUGCUGCUUCCUUUCACUCCCCACCAGAGGUCUCCGUUUCUACAUUAAGACUUUUUCAUUGCACACACGCAGUCACUUCACUCUGGACUACAUUUCCCACAGUCCCUCAGCUAGGCACUGAUCACACUCACACCUGUUUCCCAUCAGGUUCCCUUUAUAAGCUGCACUCCUUCACACACACUUUUCCGUAGUCUGGGUAAACCCAGCCUGAUCUGCCGGCGAUUUGAUUUCGCCCGGCAACUCAGUCUGGAAACAUACAUUCAAUUCUGCUGCAUCUCUUACAUUUUUGCGGGAACCAAUCACAGACUGGCUUAGCCACCUUGCUCGCUAUUGGCGGGUAUAACACGAUGACGAUAGAGAAGCGACGGCAAGCAGUUUUCAAACUCAAUCUGAUCUACCCGUCACUCAUAUAUCACAAUGCACAAUCACAGUGAUGCCGAUUGUGUUAAGCAUUGAUGCCGAUUGUGUUAAGCAUUUACCUUAUCUGAGAGAAAUGUAGCAGAGCGUUGAUCCGACAGUUUCUUCAUAGGAGGAUUACAAACGGCGAAAGCCAAUUGAUGACACACAACGAUUCUCUGCUGUUAUUUUGGUGGUUUGCUUCACGAUGUGAGUACAGGACUCUUUUACUUCAA